UUAUCACUUAGCACAACGUUAGAAACCGCACUUCGAUAAGACAACAGUCGAUAUUAUUUUGCUAAAAUGGGCCUUUGUUGUAGUAAACCUAGGAAGAUGGGGUAUAUCGAACGUCUCGUUCAAUAUGAAGAGUGGAAGCAAGCAAAAUUAGCCGAGAAAUACAAAGUUCGUCCGUCAGUAAAUCAACACCUCUGGACAGAAGAAUUGUUAGAGAUUGUAAGGAACAAUACAAAUAUCAUGGAUUCUCUUGCUGUAGAUGAAUCUCUUCCUACGACCCAAGAAGGGGAAAUGUCUAUAUGCACACCCGAAAAGGAAGACAAUCAGAAAGCAGAACCACUCGUGCUUGAUGAAUCUACCAGCACGGUUGCUAUGUUCUGGUCUUCGUAGAUGUAAGAACCGAGUGGUGUAGGGCAGCACGCCGGACUCCUGGCACGGAGGGAACAGAUAUUAGCCAAGGCUACAAAUUGGGCAAUAAUUAACUGCCUGGUACUGUCCAGGAGUCCUGAAAUCUGCGAUGGAGGUGCAAGAACUUUGUACAAGAAGAUGGCAAGUUUCCCAAGCAAUGGGCGAGGCGAUGACUGCACCACAAAAGAAAUAAAAUGUGCCGUAUAAUAAAAUUGAAAUUCAUUAUUGAAUGAACCUGAAACUAUAUAAUUGAGGCAUAUUAUUUAAGAAUGAAACAUACUAUAAAAAAAGACAAUAUUCCCUCAUAACUAUGAUAUUUGAUAUCAUACUGAUAAAACUCUAUGCUUAUGCAAAUUGAAAUCGCGAUUAUAAAUUUCACGAUGAAAUUAAAUGCA